CCAGUCACAACAAAACUCAUUUUCUUCUUUACAAAUUGCCAUUUGUUUUGUAUAGAUCCAUUUUCCUCCUCUCAUUCCUCAUUUUAUUUUAUUUUAUUUAAAAAACAUCUUUAUGUCACCACACAAAACCCCAUAAAAUCAAAAAUCGUUACCCACAUUCUUUCAUUCUAUCCUAAUCCCCAUCACUCAAAACAGAGUGCUUAGGCGGAGAAGAAGAGGGAGAGUAACCAAACAUCAAACAACAAUGGCUGUCUCAACAAUCUACUCAACACAAGCUCUCAACUCAACUCAUUUCUUAACCUCUUCCCCUUCUUCCUCCACAAAACAAGUCUUCUUCUACCGUCGUAAUACCAACCGUAGAUUCAACACCAUCAUUACUUGCGCUGCACAACAAACCGUCGUGAUCGGACUCGCUGCCGACUCCGGAUGCGGCAAAAGUACCUUCAUGCGGAGGCUGACCAGUGUCUUCGGUGGAGCCGCCGAGCCACCGAAAGGAGGGAACCCUGACUCCAACACACUCAUCAGUGACAUGACCACUGUGAUAUGUCUCGACGAUUACCAUUCUUUGGACAGGACCGGUCGCAAAGAGAAAGGGGUCACUGCUUUGGACCCACGCGCCAAUGACUUUGAUCUCAUGUACGAGCAAGUCAAAGCUCUUAAGAGUGGUAUCGCCGUCGAGAAACCCAUUUAUAAUCACGUCACUGGACUUCUUGACGCACCUGAGCUUAUUCAGCCUCCCAAGAUUCUCGUCAUCGAAGGUCUUCACCCAAUGUUUGAUGAGAGAGUAAGAGACUUAUUGGACUUCAGUAUCUACCUAGACAUUAGCAACGAAGUCAAAUUCGCUUGGAAAAUCCAGAGGGACAUGGCAGAAAGAGGUCACAGUUUAGAGAGCAUCAAAGCAAGUAUUGAAGCACGAAAGCCCGAUUUCGAUGCAUUCAUAGACCCACAAAAGCAGUACGCAGAUGCGGUGAUAGAAGUGCUUCCAACGCAGUUGAUUCCAGAUGACAACGAAGGCAAAGUGUUGAGAGUGAGACUGAUAAUGAAGGAAGGUGUUAAGUACUUCAGCCCGGUUUACCUAUUCGAUGAAGGUUCAACCAUCUCGUGGAUCCCUUGUGGUCGCAAACUCACUUGCUCCUACCCUGGCAUCAAGUUCAACUACCAACCUGAUUCCUACUUCGACAAUGAGGUUUCGGUUGUGGAGAUGGAUGGGCAAUUCGAUAGACUGGACGAGCUGAUAUACGUGGAGAGUCAUCUGAGCAACCUCUCGACCAAAUUCUACGGUGAAGUGACUCAACAAAUGCUCAAGCAUGCUGACUUCCCUGGUAGCAACAAUGGGACUGGUCUUUUCCAGACCAUUGUUGGAUUGAAGAUCAGAGAUCUCUAUGAGCAGCUCAUUGCCAACAAAUCCACUGCUCCUUCAGAAGCUGCUAAAGCCUAAAACCAAAUGCAAAAUAGAAAGCGUCGAUAAAUCCAUUUUCAGUUUCUUCUUCUUCUUGCUUUCUUUCUUUCUUUCUUUAUGCCUUGUUUCCCGCGAAUUUUCAUGGCGAAAAGGACGGUGUUGCUUGUUUAUAAUUUGUGUUGAUAAUGGAGAUAUAUAAGAAAAGCCUGUAAUGUAGAGUAAGUUACUAGCAGAGCAAUAACAAUUCAGUUAAUACAACACCUUCAUCUAUCUAUUAAAUUAGAAGCAUAAUAAGGAAACGUUUGUUUUUUU